UUUGAAGUCCUUGGUCCAGCUGACAAGAUCUUCCAUCCAUCUGGUUGCUCCAUAUCAUCUUCCAUUCUCAUCUCCAUCCAUCCAUCUAUCUAUCUAUCCUUGGGGCGGUGGUAACCCCUUCCUUCUUUCCUCCAAUGAGCAUGGCGUCCACCUUGAGCCCCGGCACCGCCUCCUCGUCCUCUACCUCCGCUUUGUUGGCCUCGGCUCAGCCGGCCAGCGCUCAAGCCGCGCAAGCCGCUCCAGGCCAUCGGGUGGAUGGCUCUUCCUCCUCCUCCUCCUAUUCCGGCACCACCGCCACCGUCGCCAACGCCACUGAGGAAGAGGAGGAGUCCAUUAUCACCUUGGACUUUGGGCCUUUUGAGACGGUCAAUCGGUGGCUCAAGAUGCCCGAUUGCGACGAGUUCGUGGGGGCGAGACGGUCCAAGCACACGGUGGUCUCGCACAACGACUUUGUCUACGUCUUCGGCGGCGACAACGGUCGAUCCAUGCUCAACGACCUCCUCAUCUUCGACGUGAAGGAGAAAUCCUGGCAACGGGCCCUGAGCACGGGUAAUCGACCCGCACCACGUUAUCACCACAGUGCCGUGGUCCACGACACGGCCAUGUACGUGUUUGGGGGGUACACGGGCGACAUUCACUCCAAUUCCAAUCUGAGCAAUCGCAACGAUUUGUGGGAGUACAAGUUCAAAAGCAUGCAAUGGGUCGAAUGGCGACUGCAUGGGGGUCCUCGACCCGUGCCCCGAUCAGCCCAUGGAGCCGCCGUGUAUCAGGGCCAAUUGGUGGUUUUUGCGGGAUAUGAUGGUAAUGCCCGAUUGAAUGACAUGUGGCAGAUCUCGUUGUCCGGGGAGGGCCCGCGGGUGUGGGAGGAGGUACAUUAUACCGGCGAGUCACCGCCCACAUGUUGUAAUUUCCCGGUGGCCGUGGCUCGCGAUUCCAUGUUCGUGUUCAGCGGUCAAUCCGGCGCCAAGAUCACCAAUUCCUUGUUCCAAUUCCAUUUUCCCUCCAAAACUUGGAGCCGGAUUAGCACGGAGCACAUUCUGCGAGACACGCCCCUCCCGCCCAAUCGUCGUUAUGGCCAUACCAUGGUGGCCUUUGAUCGCCGGUUAUUCGUGUUCGGGGGUUGGGCGGACAAUGUGUUGCCCAACGAUUUGCACGCCUUCGAUUUGGAUUCGCAAACUUGGUCGUUGGUCAGCCCUUCGCCGGAUUCGCAAAUUCCAACGGGUCGUCUGUUUCACGCGGCUGCGGUGGUCAAGGAUGCCAUGUAUGUCUUUGGUGGAACGGUGGAGGAUAACAUCCGGCUGGGCGAGAUGUACCGCUUCCAAUUGUCGGCUUUUCCCAAAUGCACCCUCCAGGACGAUUUUGGACGUCUCUGGCAGAGCCAACAAUUUAGUGACGUUAAGUUCGUGAUAGGCCCAAAUCGGGAGGAAGUUCGAGCCCACACGGCCUUGGUGGUGGCUCGAUCGAGUUAUCUCUUGGAGCGGAUCCGUGAAGCCAAAAUCCGGCGUGAGGCAAAACACGAUGGUUGGUUGAUGGUCCAGUUCCCGGAUUUCAAUAGCCAUGCCUUCAAACUGAUCCUGGAUUUUAUUUACACGGAUCAAAUCGAUCCCACUCACAAUCAGCGUCAAUUAGCUGCGUCUAACGAUGUGGUGUUGGUCAUGAUGCAAGUGUACACGUUAGCGGUGAAGCUUCAAAUGCAUCGGUUGGAGCAGCUCUGUUCUCUAUACAUCGAGAAUUCGAUCAAUCUGAAAAAUGUCCUGGUCGCCCUGAAGAACGCCUCGCAUCUUCAGCUUCAUUUCAUUGAAGAACGUUGUCUCAAGUUCAUCAUCAAGGAGUUCAACUUUAAGGAGAUAAUCAUGAGUCGGGAAUUCGAAACCUUGGAUCAGGGGCUGAUGGUGGAGAUCAUCCGGCGAAAACAGACGCCGAAUCCCAGAAACUCGCUCCAAGCCGACUUGGUCCCCAUCAUUCCCGGAGUGUUGGAUCCCAAUGCGCCGGGAACGUCUCUAAAAGAGGACCUUAAACGGUUUUUGUUUUCGAAGACGGCCGAAGAGUUCUCGGAUGUGAUGCUAUCCUUGGAAAGUGAUCUGGUGCCCAGUCAUAAGGUGAUCUUAGCGGCGAGAAGUGCCUAUUUCGAAGGCAUGUUUCGGUCGUUCAAGCCCAUAACCAAUACGGUCAAUAUCUCCAUUGGAGAAACCGUACCCUCGCGCCAAAGUUUCCAUAGUCUUCUUCGAUAUGUGUAUUACGGGGAAAUCACGAUGCCGCCCGAAGACUCUUUGUACCUAUUUUCCGCGCCUCAUUUCUACAUUUUCUCCAACAAUCGAUUGCAAGUGUUUUGCAAACACAACCUCGAGCGUAAUGUCACCUUCGAGAAUGUGAUUCAGAUCCUGGAGGCAGCGGACAAGAGCCAAGCCCAUGAUAUGAAGAAAUAUGCCCUGAACUUGAUUACCCGCCAUUUUUCCAAGGUGGCCAAGUUGCCGCGGGUCCGAAAUCUCUCCAAAGAGCUCUUGUUAGAUAUCCUGUAUGCCCUAGCUGAUGAGGUAGCGGACAAUCGUUGCGUCCAGGACAUGUCCUACUUGAAUCUCAGUUCAAUCUUGUGAAGUCAUUGUCAGAGAGAUUUUCAUCAAUCUCCAACCAUGUUGUCAUUUUCAAAUUGCUUUUACAUGCACUCAUGACGCAAAGAUAUUGGCACAGUGUCAAAAAGACAGAACACCAGGUAGAUUGUCUUUUCAUUUGCAUGUUGAAGUUAUGUCUCCACGGUGCAAACCCAAAUCAUUGGAAAAUAUAUGUCUGUUAAGUA